CCCAAAAUCUCACAAAUCGUAGGUUUUUCUCUUAAGCGUUACAUAAAUCUCCAAUUCGAAUAAAUAUUAAAUACUUAAUAAACUUUUCUUCCACUAGUUACAGAAAAACCCGUCAUACAAAAGUUUUCUAAUUCCGUAUUACAUGCAUAUUAUUUUGUUUUAAUAACAAUUAGGUACUUAGGCACUAUUAGGUGACUUGCCUAAUUAUGAGAACUUGGUAACAUAAUUAUAUUUAUUUGUUGUAGAUAACCCUCAACGUUAUCGUUACCUAUUUAUCUUAAUUACCUACAAAAACAAAUUAUUUUUGAUAUUUUAUCACUAAGCAUAUUAAAAGGCGUUGUGAAGUAAUUUUUAGUUUAGACGUGCUCAAAGAGUAGAGGAAAAUGGCGCAAUUCACAUUUGAAGGCGAUACUGAAAUCCUAGCUGACCCUCAAAUAAAACUAGUUGAAAAUGUUCUUCAGGAAAAGGGAUUCACAAGAGGAAAAAUUGUUGUAGAACAAGUGGGUAAAAAAGGGGAUAAUUACAUUGCACACGUGAAGAGAUUCAUAUACGAAGCGGAAAAUGGAACUACAUUUAAGAUGAUCGGAAAAGUUGCACCUGUAGCCGAACAAUUAAGACUAAUGAUGAAAACAAUGAUUCUAUUCAAUAACGAAAUCGUUAUGUACAAUCUAGUUUUGCCUAAGCUGAAUGAAAUUCAAAACGCAGCCGGUGUCACUGAAGAUGAAAAAGUAAGAUUUCCCGCUUGCUACGGAGUUGUGACCGAAGAACCGUACGAAUUAAUUCUGCUUGAAGAUUUAAACGAGGCAGGCUUUGAGAUGCUCGACAGAAUGAAACCCUUAACCAAUGAAAGUGUUCGUUUAGUCGUUAAAGAUUUGGCCAAAUACCAUUCACUCUCUUAUGUGUUCAAAGAUUCUGAACCGGAAAUAUAUGAAAGUUAUUCAAACAGACUGUUAAAUAUGUGGGCAAUUAUAGGUAAUGAGCCAGAAGCACAUCAGUUUUUUGAAAAGGGCGAGAAUGAUCUUCUCAAAAUGAUGUAUGAUGUAAGCGACAAGCACAAGAACGCAUUAAGAGGGUCGAUGACACAGAUUGCUCCAAUUGCUAAGAAAAUGCAAAGUUACGAAAAGGGUUCAAAAUAUUCUGUAAUCCUGCAAGGUGACUGUUGGAAUAACAAUUUCUUGUUCCGACUUGAGGACGGCAAGCCAGUUAAUGACGUAAUGAUCGAUUACCAGCUGUCAAGGGAAGGCAACCCCGCUGGCGAUCUUCUAUACCUUAUAUUCAACUGCACAGACCACGCCACCAGACUGAAGCACUACCAAGAAUGGAUCGACUAUUACCACGAAAUUCUCGACGACUCACUAAACCUUUAUGGUUUUAAAGCCAACCGCGUAUUUCCCAAAGACCAACUCGACGCAGACCUUCGACGAUAUGGGAAACUGAUGGUUAGUCUUGGCGUGAUGCUCGCGUCUAUGUUAGUAAGGGAAUCUAAAGAUGUGAUAGAUAUGAAAGAAAUGACUGGUGAUAAAGAGAAGAUGGUGGAAGACACAAUAGCGCAGAUGAACUCCUCAUUAUUGGAUGUAUCGACUAUUGUUAAAUUAAGAGAAAGGAUCUUGGGUAUUAUUGAUACUGCUUUUGAGUUUGGACUUAUUGCUGUUUAAAUAAAUUAUUUUAUUAUUACUAAAAUUAUAGCCGGUUCUGUUUUUGAAAAAGACUGAAUUGU